AAGCCAAGGCAAUCCAAAUUGGAAGUACUAUUUUUUCAACCUCUGGUCCUUUCCCCGUAAAGCGGUGGUGGCCACAUGCUCCCUGCCCCCCCCCCCCCCCCCCCGCCCCUCUCUCUCUCUCUCUCUCUCUCUCUCUCUCUCUGUGCGUUCCUCUUUUUGGAGGCCUAAGUUGCGGGUUAAAGUACAUUGAUAAUAGCGUCAAGCCUCCUCCCUCUCUAUCUCACUCUCUCUGGUACUCAUGUCCAAAGUAGUACCGCAAAAGCUUUGAAAGCAUGAAGUUUCUCAGAAACUAAGGGACGGGGAAGGGGGGUCGUCGCAGAAAUGGGAGACGAAGAGACAUUGGGUAACUGGCUCCCAACCCCAGCUCCCCUCUACCUUCACAGAUUCGACAAUUCCAGGCAUUUCGACAACUCCGUCAAUGCCGUGUCGUUUGGGUUCGUCGCCACUGCCAUUCUCAUCUCCAUGUUCCUCGUUAUGGCCAUCUUCGAGCGGUUCCUCAGAUCCAACUCGCCGGCUCUCUCGCCUUCCGGAGGGCGAACCCGUCGAGAUCUCGAGUCCCAGAUCAGCUUCAACCGGAAGCUCGCUAAUCCUGCAUCGCCCAAGAUGUCCAUGUAUGCCAGCGGAGUAUCAGUAUUGAUGCCUGGGGAAGAUAUGCCUACCUUCAUUGCACGCCCAGCCCCAGUGCGUUGCCCCCCUGAACGUACUCCGCGGCCUCUUUGUCAACACAACUCAGUGCCCAAUUUCGCUGCUGGCUCGAUCUCAAACACAAGCUCAAACUCAAGCUAGUAUUGGAAAACCAAGCAUAGGGAGUACCUGUUGGGUGUGAAGUCAAACCAUCUCUUUAUUGAAGAUGUGCAAGCCAAGCAUGUGGAAUUUAUAGGAUGAGGUUGGGCCUUCCUACCAUUAAACUCUUCGUUUCAUGUAUAUAGCAAGCAUUUAGUGUUGAUUGGGAACAUAGGCUUGCUCAACUUGCAUGCACCUUCCUCUGGGUUUCCAUCUUCUGCAUAUUUUUUAAAUGUCACUUGGAUUCGAAGAGAUGGGUUUUGGUUGCUCAUCAACCGGAUCAUUCUUGUACAAAAAUUUGAGUAUAUAUAUUGAGUAUGAAGAUUUGAGUUUU